CAGUCUGCAUGCAGCUGCUGUUCUGAGCCCCAUGCAGACUCCUCCAGCUUGCUGUACUCAGAAUCUAUUGAUCUAAAUUUUAAUUUCGAAGGGCAGACUCCCAGAUGUGUGUAACUGCUUCUUAUUGUUCCCAUCUGUAAAAUGCGGCUCUGAACUCACAGCAGUAACGUUACUGUGUGUUUACAGUUCCUUGCUGCCCUUUCUCUAUCCAUCAUUGUAUCCUACUUUCAUCAAACUGAAAGAGGUCACCCUCAAAACAAUAUGAACCCAGGCCCACCUCCUGAAAUUGUUGCCCAUACUACGGCGGGGAUUUCCUGCUCAUCUGCAAGAGCUCUGUGGGGGAAAUACAGUGUUUGAGAUCUGGCCCAGCAUGUAACGAACACUUUCUUUUUUUCUGUGUGACCAUGGCUGCGCACAGAAGCUGCUUCUGUUGGCCUCAGAAGCUGUGUCACAGCAGGGCAGAGCCCUUUGCUCCAGCUUGUGCACUGUGCAGUCACAUGUGCCAGGAGCAGAUUUUCUACCUAUUAGGAAGAAGAAUAACUGGAAUUACUCUCCUAGAAUGUUUCAGGGGCUAAAAUUUAAAGGUUAGCAUGACAAAUUUCCAAAAGGGGCACAAGAAACAUAGUAGUGAGGAUGUUCAUUAUUUGCAAUCACCCAAAUACAUGCUCUUGACUUCCUUAAAGAGGACAGAAUCACAGAAUGGUUUGGGUUGGAAGGGACCUUAAACCCCCUCAGUCCCAUUGUUGUGCCAUGGGACUGGUGGGCUGCCCCCACCAGCUCAGGCUGCCCAGGGCCCCAUCCAACCUGGCCUUGAGUGCCUCCAGGGAUGGGGCACAUACAGCAGCCCAAUGUCCCCAACUCUCACAGCUGCACAAGUGCUCCUCAGCCUUUUCUGUGCAUCAGCACCAGGACUGCUCUCAUGUGUAUGUCUGAGGAGAGAAACUGGCCACAGCAUGAGCAAGCAUAGAGGCAGAAUGCAAGUUACCAAUAGUAUUCUGUUUCUCUUCAACUUUCCACGAGCUGAUUAUGAGUGGUUGCUAAAAACCUAGAUUUCUUUCAGCGAAGAACUGCCUCAGAUUCCAAGGAAGAUUUCAGGAUGGAUCCCUGCAGAAAUACUUGUGAGAAAGAGCCCAAGACAGGAUAUAGCCUUUACUGCUUUCACUAUAGUGGUUCCUUUCUCCCUGCCUGCCAGCUGUCCCAGUGUCCUGGUCUUAGCUGCAGGGGUGCCAUUCAGAGGCAGCUGGGGCUUUCUUAGACCUUGGAACUUGCAGGAAGAGAAGGAUGGGUUGUGACCCCCUUGGAAUGAUGAACCUGGCCCUGCGGAGGGCAUGAGUGAAACCCAUGUCUGACAGCAGCCAGAGCAAGAUCCAGCUCUCUGCACUUACACAUAAACGUGAACAUAAAACAGCCCAUGCAGCCCUUCUCACUGCAAGAACAGCCACUUUUCUGGAUGGGUAUUUUCUGUGUUUGGCCAGGGUUCGAAAACCCUGAGCAGUAGGGUUGUCCAAGCAUUCAGGGAUAAGCAAUUUUAGUCUUGCCGUUUUCUGAGCUGGCCAGCCCCGCUGCUGCAGGCAGCGUGAUGUCCAGGGGAUGCCUGGCAGGCUGUGGGUAAGCGACGGGCUGGGGACGCAGCACAGAGAAGGAGCACUCUGCAACUUUCCAAUGUAAAUUACAUGGAAAUUAGGCUGUGUGAAGCCAAAGGCCCCUCUGGAAUAGGACCUUUAGUUAACAUAACACUUGUGCUAAAUGAAGCAGUUGACACAGCUUUCAGGCUGUAGUGCCACUGUUAAUUCACCGCAUGAAAGGGCUGAAGCUCCGGCUGAGCUCCGCGGGGGAGGAUCUGCCCUGCCGGGACUGAGAGCAACCGCGUCCUUCCACCGCUGGGACGCUCCGAUUGCUGGGGCAGCCCUCUUAGCAGAGAUGUGCAGCGCUUUUAACAGCUCACCGUGCGUUUGUACCAAGGCUGUGCCCCUGUUGGCUUGGGUCUGUGGAAAUUCUGUGACUAUUUUCCCACAAAGAGAACCGUUGUCUCGGGACACAGGAUGAACCAGUCUGCAUUCCCAACAUGACUGUGGUGUUCAGAGGUCAUCUCAGACAUCCCCACACCCUCUGACCUUCUCUCUGGAGAGUCAGCCUGACAAAGAGGGGGGUCCAGGCUACAUCAAGACCCCACAGCAUCUCCUCUGCUGGCCCCGUGCUGAGGGGCACCGCUGCACACAAGGCUCAAUCCUCAGUGCCUCCUUCCUGCAGUACCAGUCUGUGUUCUGUUUCUUGCAGUCAUAUGUGAACUUGUUGGCUGCUGUCACCGAGCUGAGAGGGUGUCCAGAAACAUUUACAGGCUCAGAGCUGAUUAAAUAAAUAAACAAAUAUUUUUAAGGAAAAAGUUUGAUUCUUGCUACAAGCUCUUUCCAUCUUUUCCCCGCAAAGUACAUCUGACCCAGCCAGAGCUGUGCCUGGGCUAACGGGUACAGUCUCCCCUGACCCUACAGAAAGAGGCACAGAGUGGUGUCUAGGAGAGAAAAGGCAGGACAGAGAAAAUCUCCCGGGAGAUGCAAAGCAAGCUCCUGGAUUGCUAGGACCAGUGGUGACACGCGCCAGACAAAGGACCUGCUAUUCUAUAAAUGAGGCAGCCAGGACCAGCACCAGGCUGACUCCAUCCAGCGAGAGCGAGCUCUGUGCCCAGGCACGGCAAGAGCUGCUAGGGAACGGGAAAAGGACGCUGUCCCUUCAUCUGCUGUCCUGGUUUGCCGAGCCUCAAGCACCUGUGACCAGAAACCACCUUGAAAAUGACCAGGAAGAUCUUCACCAACACCAGGGAGCGAUGGAGGCAGCAAAAUGUCAACAGCGCCUUUGCCAAGCUGAGGAAACUUAUUCCCACCCAUCCACCAGACAAAAAACUGAGCAAGAAUGAGACGCUACGGCUAGCCAUGAGAUACAUCAACUUCCUUGUCAAGGUGCUAGGAGAGCCAGGCCUGCAGCAGACAGCAGUGGCAGCGCGAGGCAGCAUCCUGGGAUUCUUCCAGCAAGCCCCAUGCUUGCAGACUACGGAGGAGCUGCCUCUCAUUGAAAGCUGUGGUGCCUCGUCUCCUAGCAUGAGCAGCAACAUUGCAGAAUGCUGGUCAGAGACUUCAUCUCCUUAGCAGAGAACGAGAGAUGCAGUCCUGGUGUUAGUCUGAUAGUCAUUAUCUUUGUGGGUUGCUUCUCUAUGUAUGAUUAUUUAUUUGUAUUUAUUACUGCUUUAUUUAAGUUUCUAUUUAAUGGCAAAGGAAUUCCUUGGUCAGUUAGCAACUGAAAGAGCAGAGGGAAAGCGGUCAUGCUCUGGGAACUAGGAAGGACUCACUGCUGUAACAGACAGUUCUAAGCCAGAAGAGCCUCUGCCCUGACCUCCUCUAUCAGUUGGGGCCAUAGAAAUCCAUCCAGUGGUUCUGGCAGGGGAAGAGAUUAUUCUCCCAUGGCACUUUGAAGAAGCACUCUGAGCUUAAGAAAUGAUGAAUGUGCCACAAAACGUGUCCAAGAAAGACACCUGACCAUGGUUAGUGAAAGGUUUUGAGGGAUGUAGUAUUUUCUCCAAUCCUCCACUGCUGUUUCUAGUAGCCACCUGCACUCACUGCAAAUCUUAUUUCCAACUUGAACUUCUUUGAAAAUACGAAUCCUGACUCUUGAACCUGGCUACAUAUUUCUCUAUCAGACUGGAGGAAUCCCUAAUAUUACAGCAAAAUGCUAUUUAACAAAAUUAAAAAUUAUCUUAAAUCAAAAGUUGUUUUAAAAUAAAGGAAGAGUCACAGAUGAAUUUCAGUGAAAUCUGUGAAGCCUACAUCUAGCAGUGACAAUGUGUACAUGAAGGAAGCUGGCUGACUACACUCCAGCUGCUAUCAAAACCCAUCAAGCAGGUUACUGGCUAAAUGCCUUUGUUCUUCAACAGCUGUAAAAAUAGGGGAAGCCCUUGUUCUGAGCAAGAGGUCUCAGGAAAAAGGCCUGAAUGACACUCUCAGAAACCCUUUAUGGAACACAAAUGAUCAGUGCUCUUCUCAUGCACAGGUGGGAUGUAAUGAGUAACAUGCUCCAGUGCCUGUUUGGCACAGGCUGCAUGCCAGGAGUCUUGGCAACCACCAUGCUGUAUUCAGGCAAUAAGCAGGAUGAGCAGAGUUUUGUGAGGGUGAUCACUGCGGGUUGUUGCACACAAAUCAAUUUCCUGAAUUAUAACCUGUGUCAGAAAAGAUUUGUCCUGCUCGUGAAAGAUACAAAGCUGCUGAGAGCAAGAGAAAAAAUUACUUUGGGCUCAAGUAGACCUGCUUCCAGGUCAACGCAUGUUUCCUUUGACAAAAGUCCUUUCUAUUUCCAAAUUAAACAAGGUACAUGUCAGUGUUCAGAAAAAAGCUGUUCAUGGCAGGUAAAGAAACAGAGCGUCCACAUGCCAAAGCAUCUCCCUGGGCUGUUUCUUCUUAUUUGUGACACAGGGAGCUGCCUUCAGGAAGCGGAGACAGGGCUUGUUUAGGUAACACAUACAGCCCUUCUGCCUGAGGGUAUUUGCCACCCACAGCUCAGCUGCAUUUAAAGCUUCACCAAACAGCAGUCAUACUUUUCUCCUUCCUCCUUGGCAUCUUUCAGGGCUUCACCAAAAAAAAAAA